AUGAGACUGGCAAAAAUGUGCCGACUAAACGCGCUGGGGAUCUAUUUGUGGGAAACGGUAGUGUUUAUCAGCCUGGCAGCAUCGAAAGAAGCUGCGGCGAGGAAAGCUGCCACCCCGAUGCCACCCUCCGAGUUCCUGGACAAACUCAUGGGCAAAGUAUCGGGUUACGAUGCCAGAAUUCGACCAAAUUUUAAAGUCAGUGGUGAGAACCAGGGAGGGAAAGACCCCAAAGGCUCCAAAAAUGAAGCUACUCACAAGAAAGGUCCGCCUGUAAACGUAACCUGCAACAUUUUUAUCAACAGUUUUGGGUCCAUCGCUGAAACAACAAUGGAUUACAGAGUGAACAUCUUCUUGAGACAACAGUGGAACGACCCUCGGCUGGCCUACAGCGAGUACCCAGACGACUCGCUGGACCUCGACCCCUCCAUGUUGGACUCCAUCUGGAAACCUGACUUGUUCUUUGCCAAUGAGAAGGGGGCCAACUUCCACGAGGUCACCACCGACAACAAGCUGCUACGCAUCUCUAAAAACGGCAAUGUGCUCUACAGCAUACGAAUAACACUGAUCCUGGCCUGUCCCAUGGAUCUGAAGAACUUCCCUAUGGACGUUCAGACCUGCAUCAUGCAGCUGGAGAGCUUCGGCUAUACCAUGAACGACCUCAUAUUCGAGUGGGAUGAGAAGGGAGCCGUGCAGGUGGCUGACGGCCUGACGCUACCGCAGUUCAUACUCAAAGAGGAGAAGGACCUGCGCUACUGCACCAAGCACUACAACACAGGUAAAUUCACCUGUAUUGAGGCUCGUUUCCACCUGGAGCGUCAGAUGGGCUACUACCUGAUCCAGAUGUACAUCCCCUCGCUGCUAAUCGUCAUCCUGUCCUGGGUUUCCUUCUGGAUCAACAUGGACGCUGCACCCGCUCGAGUGGGUCUGGGUAUCACCACUGUGCUGACCAUGACCACACAGAGCUCUGGUUCCAGAGCCUCCCUGCCCAAGGUGUCCUAUGUAAAAGCCAUUGAUAUCUGGAUGGCUGUAUGUCUGCUGUUCGUGUUCUCGGCCCUGCUGGAGUAUGCCGCUGUCAACUUCAUCGCCCGCCAACACAAGGAGCUGCUGCGCUUCAGACGGAGGCGACGACACAUGAAGGAGGAUGAGACAGGCGAGGGGCGCUUCAGCUUCCCCGGCUACGGCAUGGGCCCUGCCUGCCUGCAGGCCAAAGACGGCAUGGCCAUCAAGGGCAACAACAACAACGCCCCGGCCUCGGCGGCGCCCGAGAAGAGCAUUGAGGAGAUGAAGAAGCUGUUCAUUGGCCGGGCCAAGCGCAUCGACACGGUGUCCCGUGUGGCCUUCCCACUCGUUUUCCUCAUUUUUAACAUUUUCUACUGGAUCACUUACAAGAUCAUCCGCAGCGAGGACGUCCAUAAGCAGUAGUCGAGAGGCGCAGGAGGAGGAGGGCGAGAACAGUGCGAAUGCAGAGAAACAAAAGGGAGAAAGAAACGGAGGAAGAGAUGACUUCAAUAGGAGAUAUCAUUGCCCCUUUUUUCAUGCCAACCACGCCCACUUUUCUUGUCCUCUUCCUCUUUUGGUCGAGGAUAAGUUGCUUUUUGCGGCAGUUUCACCACUCAAAUCCUACCUGACACCUACUAGACGUUACUUAAUUAUUAUUAUUGCUUUCUUUUGGCUUUAUUCUCCUCUCUUGCCCAAAACCCUUUCCCCAUCCCGUCUCUUUACACGUCCUGAAUAAUCCGGACCAGUGCAAUAGCAAUGCAGUAAAAUGCAUGAUAUAUGAAUGUGGCAAUAUAUUAAUGAAAAGAUGAAAAAUGAAAAAGUAAAUACAGACUUUUGCAGGCACACCCAACAAACUGUGUGGGAGUGGACGGACAAGAAAUAAAGAA